AUAACAACUGAUUCUUCCAUCUUUGUGGAGAAACAUCGCAUUAACCAUAUUUGACUAGAUCAUUAGAUACUUCCACAUUGCUUCACUAAGCACAGUCCAAUCCGGUUUUUCCAGUUCUAUGCUCUCCAUAGGCAAAUAAGGGAAGAGACAUGAAAGCAGUUUAAACCAAUCAGAAGUCUAUGAAGUUGAUCUACGGAAAAAUCAGGAAAUGAACGUUGACGCAUUAGACUUCAUGUCAGCUAUUCUGUCUAGUCAGUUCGACACUUUUAGUCAAGAGAUCUAUUUUAGUCUAGAAGCAUGUAGCCAUUGUUACUUUACAGAUAAUAAGGCAGGAUUUACUGAGGUGAUUUCUGACAAAUAGAAAGUGAAAGUUAGCCGUACACACUCAAAGUUUCCAGCCAAGUGACUGUUUCUGUGAGAGUAGGAUGGCAUCUAAAAGCUCUCUUCCUGAAGAGGAUUUCACCUGUCCUGUUUGCUUUGACAUUUUUAAGGAUCCCGUCCUUCUUUUGUGCAGUCACAGCUUCUGCAAAGACUGCCUUCAGAAGUUCUGGAGAGAGAAGAAAUCUAAAGAGUGUCCAGUUUGUAGAAGACAAUCUUCAAUGGACAAUCCGCCAGUGAAUUUGUCUUUGAAGAACUUAUGUGAGUCUUUCCUGAAGGAGAAGAGUCAGAGGGCUUCAGGAGGGUCUGAAGUGCUCUGCAGUCUGCACGGUGAGAGACUCAAGCUGUUCUGUCUGGAGGAUAAACAGCCCAUAUGUGUGGUGUGUCAGGCUUCCAGGAAACACUCAGGACACCAGUUCCUUCCGAUAGAUGAAGCUGCACUAGAUUAUAAAGAACAACUCAAUGCUGUACUGAAGCCCUUGCAAGAGAAACUGGACAAAUUUGAAGAAGUUAAACAGACAUGUGACCAAACAGCCAGUCACAUUAAGGUCCAGGCCCAUCAGUCAGAGAAGCAGAUCAAGGAGGAGUUUGAGAAGCUUCAUCAGUUUCUGAAAGAUGAAGAGGAGGCCAGAAUAAGAGCACUGAAGGAGGAAGAACAGCAGAAGAGUUUGAUUAUGAAAGAGAAGACUGAAGAAAUGAGCAAGGAGAUGUCCACUCUUUCAGAUACAAUAACAGCCAUUGAGAAGCAGAUGGUUGCUGAAGACAUCAUCUUCUUACAGGUAUGGACAUGUGGUUUCAGUUCAGUUGGAAAAAUGGUGAGAAUAUUGAGAUUAACUGAACUGAAAUCUGUGCUGUAUGCUGUUUUCCAGAACUUCAAGGCUACCAUAGAAAGUUCUACGUGCACACUGCAAAAACCACAGAGAGUUUCAGGAGCUCUGAUUGAUGUGGCAAAGCACCUGGGCAACCUGAGGUUCAGAGUCUGGGAGAAGAUGAAGGACAUAGUUCAGUUCACUCCUGUAGUGUUGGACCCAAACACUGCAGACCCAUCGCUCAUCAUUUCUGAGGAUCUGACCAGCUUUGGAUGGACAUAUCCUAGACAGACACUCCCUGAUAAUCCAGAAAGAUUAGAUUUUAAUGAAUGUGUCCUGGGCUCUGAGGGCUUCAACUCAGGGUCACCCUACUGGGAUGUUGAAGUUGGAGACGGUACAUACUGGUGUGUGGGUGUGACCACAGAGUCCAACCAGAGGAAGGGGGACACCUUCACAUGGGAGAGAGUGUGGCGUGUGGAGUAUGAUGGAUUUGGAUGGGAUGUUUCAGGACCUGUGCAUGCAUUGAAAUGGAAUCUCCACACACUCAGAGUGCAUCUGGAUUUGGAUAAAGGACAGCUGUCAUUCUCUGAUCCUCUACAAAAUACACACUUACACACUUUCAAACACACAUUCACUGAGAAAGUCCUUCCCUUCUUCUGCAGCCACAGGUCACCACUGAGUAUUUUACCCCUGAAGCCCUCGGUGACAGUUGGACAGCGCACACUAUGUUGA